AUGUUAUCUCGUCUUAUAGUCUACUAUGUGGCUAAGGGCCUUGAGCUAGUUCUCGGUUUUGCGUUGCUGCCGCCUCAUGCUGAUACUGGUAGCGGACUCCAGGUCGGUCCGUUGCCGACCGUUACUGGUACCAUGUGUUGGCAUCUACCCUGCUCGACAACAACGGUCAUUCACAACGUAGUAAUAAUACCCGAGAGUCACAUACUCUAUCACACAACUACCAUCUCGAAUCCUGUUUGGUACGUGAACGCCCUCUCUCCGAGCUUCAACAGUUCCUUGGACAUCCUCAUAUUGCAAGUCUCCAUCUCCACCAGAUUUUUUUCGCUAGUUGUUUAUCAUUUUCGGGCUAAUGAUACUACUCCAUUGGCAGAGUGCCGCUGCGUGCCCGUCAAGGGCGCUAUACUGUCUACCAUACAGAUCGAAGAUUACUACUCCAAUGUGGGUUUAGAGGUGCUACUCGUCACCGGCCUCAUCCAGAUAUAUUACAGCUUGGUGGGAUGCGGGUGA